AUGAAAGGAUACAAUUUAUUAAUUUUUCUAAUUUCUUUUACUGUAGCAUUUCUUGGAUAGCAGGAUACAGUUCAUGUACAUUUGAUUCCUCAUUCUCAUGAUGAUUAUGGAUGGAUUUUUAGCAUAUAAGAAUUAUAUAAUAACCCUAGUCCAUUUAAAGGCUAAGGAGCUGUAAAAAACAUUUUAAACUCUGUUUUUACUGAAGUUUAGAAAAGCCCUUUCAGAAAAUUUAACUAAGUUGAAAUAGGUUAUCUAGAUAUUUGGUGGGAUAGUUUAACAGAGGAGUAAAGGGAUACUUAUAAAAGCUUAGUUUAAAGUGGAUAAAUAGAAAUAUUGAAUGGUGGAUGGGUUAUGCAUGAUGAAGCUACAGCAUACUUUGAGGACAUAAUAGAAAAUAUGACUGUAGGUCAUUUAUGGGUUUAAGAUAAACUUAACAUAACUCCUACUGUUGGCUGGUAAAUAGAUCCUUUUGGACAUCAAAACUCGAAUGCAGCUUUAUACAGCUAAAUGGGUUUAAAUGCAUAGUGGUUUGCUAGAAUUGACUAUUAGGAUUAUGCUUAAAGGUCUUAAAAUAAAGAAUUCGAAAUGAUAUGGUCACCUGAACAAAAUUCAGGGGAACAAAAUUACAUAUUUUCAGCAGUCAAUUACAAGCAUUACUCUCCUCCUCAAAAUUUUUCUUUUGAAACUGACUAACCAGUCACUAAAUAAAAUAUUGCUUAAAAGGCUUAAGAAUUUGUUUAAUACUUUCAAACAAUGAAUCAAUACUAUAGAGGCAAACAUCUCUUGCACACUAUGGGUGAUGAUUUUGCUUAUAGCAAAGCAAAUAUUUAUUAUGAAAACAUGGAUUUACUAAUGGAAUACAUUAAUUCUCACAACGACUAAUACAAUAUGAAAAUACUAUAUUCAACUCCAUCAAAUUACUUAAAAGAAUUAUAAAAAUAAAAUGAGUCUUAUCCUGUUAAUAAAUAUGAUUUUCUUCCUUAUGCUGAUAAAGCUAGUGCUUAUUGGACGGGAUAUUUCACUUCCCGUCCAUCAAUUAAAGGAUUUACUAAAGAUUCAGGAAGAUACUUACAGGCUAUUAGAAAUAUUUUCUCAGUUGAGUCAAUAUUAAAAAUAUCAAAUCAAUUCAAAAACAACUAUCAAGAUAUCUUUAAAGCUUUGCAAAAUUUUGAACAGCAAGUUGCCAUGAUGAUGCAUCAUGAUGCAAUUACGGGUACAGAAAGGUAAAAAGUAGCUUAUGAUUACAUUCAACGAUUAAACAAUGGAUAUUCUUUGAUUAGAGAUUAAUUACAUCCUUUAUUACAAGAAUAUACUGAGAAAUAAAUAAACGAAAAAGAUAUUGAUUAUGUUUAAUGUAAUUGGAAUGCCACUAUUACUUAAUGCGAUAUAACCUAAUAAUAGCUAAGCUAAGGUUUACCAGUCCUGCUAAUGAUAUAUAAUCCAUCAACGACAAGAUAAUAACUUACAAGAAUAAAGGUCCCACCUAUUUCAUUGUUAGUUUUAAAUGUUGAAAAUUCUUAAAUAGCUGCUGAUGUUAUUUGCUCAAAUCCAUAAGAUGAUAACGAUUGCGACUUGUACUUUGUAGAUAAAUUUGAAGGUUACUCAUUCUAAUAUUAUAAGAUAAAAAUUAAUGUUGAGAAAAACUCUAUUGUAAAACCUCUUAAAAAAGAAUAAUCUUCUGACUAAAUAAAUAUUGAUUUAUCUCAAAGCUAAUCCUUAUCAAUAGAUACAAUGACCUUAAAUUUCACACUUUCUACUAGGGAAAAAAAAUAAAUCAAAAAUGACCACAUCAAAUCAAAUAAAUUCUUUUCUUAAAAACAUCACUCAUCAAAAACUAAAAAGUCAUUUUAAUCUAGUUUCUAAAUUCAAUAUAAUUUUUAUAUGUCUUCCACUGAAGUUCACUAACCUUCAGGAGCAUAUGUCUUCAGACCAGCUCAAACUCCUAACAUGCCUUAUUCUGAAAUAAAAUCUGCAACUGUUUAUUAAGGAGAAGUUGUUACUGUAGUUUUAUUGGAUGGAACAAAAACUACCACUCAACUAAGAUUCUCCUCGAUUUACCCAUAAAAACAAGUAUGCGAAGUUGAAACAUUUAUUCACUCCAUAGAUGUUGAUGAUGGUAUUGGAAAAGAAGUUGUGAUGCUUAUAAAUACAAAUUAUAAAAACGAUAGAAAAUUCUUUACCGAUUCUAAUGGCUUAGAAUUAUAAUAAAGAUAAAUUAAUUACAGAAAUACAUGGGUUUUAAAUUAAACAGAUCCUGUGAGUGGAAACUAUUACCCAAUCGGUGCUAUAAUUGGAUUGGAAGACACACAAACUAAGUAAAGGGUACUUGUAGUUAAUGAUAGAUCAUAAGGUGGUACCUCCUUAAAUGAAGGUGAAAUAGAAAUUAUGAUACACAGAAGAACUCUGAAGGAUGAUGAUAAAGGUGUAUCAGAGAGUCUAAAUGAAUUUGAUGAUAUCAAACCUAAAUAGGGGCUUUAACAGAAAGUCAGACAUUAUAUAAUUUUUGAAAAAGAGAAAGAAAGUACAGGAAGAUUAAUAUAAAACCACUUGGAUUCUGCUAAUUAAAUCUUUAUUUCGAAGACAAGCAAAAAAAAAUUUUAAUUAUCUCAAGACUUUAACAAUUUAUUUGAGAAUUCACCCUUGGUUUCAAAUAAAAAUCCUUAUUUAAGGGUAUACCUUAAAUAAUUUGAAGAUUAUUAUACUUUGAGACUUUAUAAUAUUCAUGAUUUCGAAAAUGCUGAGUUUAAAUUAGAUUCUAAAUUCUAAAUCUUAGACGAGUUGACAUUGACUGCAAAUCAAAGCAAAUAAGCAAUGCUUUAAAAUAAAUAUAAAUGGAAAGCUGAUGAUGGAUAAAUCUUCUAGCCCUCAAUUUAGUCAAAUUUGGACUAAGAAAAAUAAACAAAUAGUAUGACAAUCAAGCCUUUACAGUUAAGGGUUUUUAAAAUAUCGUUUGUUGACUGA